UCACCUCACCACCUCAAAUCAUUCUCUAGUCUUCCUUCGAGGAUCCCGGAUUCCCCCGCCCUGCACCUGGUUCCUGGCCAUUAAUAAAUCUGUCCAUCUCCCCGUUCCCUGCUCUUUGAAGAUGGAGAGCCCUGCACUUUCACAUAUAUGCACUGCUCACAGUGUUGCGUCUGUCCGCCACGGCGUGUGCCUGUGUUAAUGCGUGUGUGCACCAGAGAGAGAGAGAGAGAGAGAGAGAGAGAGAGAGAGAGAGAGCAAGAGAGGAGAGGGAGAGAAAGGGAGAAGGGAAAAGCAAGCGAUCGAGAGAAAGAGGGGGAAAGAGACGCCGAGUGCAUGAGAGCAAGACAAAGCAAUGAAAUUCAUCGGAGCUGUUUACCUCCUGUUCCUCCUCCCUGCUUUAAGCUUCAACAGCAGCUAUGAGGGGCUGGAAAAGAAGCUGAAGGAGGUUUUCAUGGAGAGGACAGGAAUUUUACAACAAUUUUCUAAAACAUCAAAGGAGCUUGACAGCAUAAAAGGUAACCUGCAGUGUGUGACAACCUCCACCACCCCACCAUCACCAGUUGAGUCCCGUCCUGCAUGGGGCCAUAAAAGGAAAUAUAAAUUACGCGCCACCAUCUGGCCGAUCGGGAUGAGACUUUGUGCCCGAGUAGCGACAUCUAUAAAGAAUAAUGACGCUGUGCCCAAAAAGGAUGUGCAGAGAAUCUUGGAGCUUAGUCACAAGCAAAGGGAUGAGAUGAAGUCACUCCAGGUAGCUCUGCAGAAGCAACUGGAUGAUGCAGCUGAACGUGCAGAGAAGCAGCAGGCCACUAUCAAGUUCUUAAAGAUGGAGAUGGAAAAGAAGACCAAAAUCAUUAAAGACCUGCAGCAAGAGAAUAAAAGCUUAAAGAACAAACUUCUGUCUGGGAACAAGCUCUGUGACAUACAUGCAGACGAGUCCAAAAAAAUCCAAGCCCAACUGAAAGAGCUGAGGUAUGGCAAAAAGGAUUUAAUUUUCAAGGGUCAGCAAUUGAUGGACCUGGAGAAUAAACUCAGAGUUGCCAAAGAUGAACUGGAGAAGGCUGCACUGGAUAAGGAGUCACAGUUGAAAGCCCUGAAGGACACAGUGCAUAUCUGCUUUUCGUCUGUCCUACACAGCCAGACAGGACGUUUACACAGAUUUCCAGCCACACCCACCAACCUGUUGAGGUAUUCUGCCCUGGUCAACAACUCAAGAGUCACCUUUCAACAGCCCCAUGCAAAGGACAUCCCAAAAGUUCCCCAGAUCACAACAACAAGUAAAUUGCCUGUAAGCAGUGCGGUAAUGAGGAGAGAUGACUCAGGACCGAAAGACUGCCAGAUGGUGAAGGUGGGAGCAGACUGUUCCCACAAUCAGACUGAGAGUACAUAUGAAAUGAAAAAGAUGUUUGGACACAGUCAAUCGAAGACUCCAGAGCAAAUUGGACAAGGCCAAGCAAGGACAUCAGAGGAAAGUGUGAAAACAGAUGGAGACCUAAAAAAGACACAAAUGGACAAACAAAACUAAGAGACAGUGGAAGACUUGGCAGAUUUUCUGCAUGACAAAAAUGAUGUCAGACCUGUUUAAGCCCCUCUUCAUUCACUGAGCUUAUAAGCACACUCACACACACACACACACACACACACACACACACACACACACACACACACACACACACAGACAGACAAACAUAAUCCCAGACAGACACAAACACAAAAACUCAAUAUAAUACUGCUAAUGUAGAAAAAGGAAUUCCCAACAUUCAGUUUUGAACUUCCCUGAUGAAAACCAACAACAUAGUAUGGCAUGCAUUGUAGAGAUUUUGAUUUUGAUUUUAAGCGGUUUACGACGGAUUACUUUUUGUUCUCUGUUUUGAUUUUGUUUCUCCCAAAAUGAGGACACAAUGUUCUUUGAUUUGUGUUGUUUGUAAUUAAAAACUAUUUCUGGCACCUCAGACCAGAAUUUCAAUGUUAACGGUCAUGCUGAGGGUAAUGCUUUUCAGUUCUGUAAAUUUACAUAUACUUGUCAGAGUUUCUGAUAAUAAUGAACUGAAUGCACCCUAUAAAUUGUAUUCAUCUCCUGAAUUCGCUAAAUGGAAAAUCGAUCCUAACUUUGCUCAAAUGACUAAAAGUGAGUAACUGUUUAAAACAGCUCAAAUGUCCAGGUAUGGUUUGUCUCGUGUUGUAGCAAAGAUUAAUUUACUCUUCCUAUUCCAUAUUAUGAGGUAUUACAGGCUCAAGUUGGCUGGCCAACUAUGAAUAUUUCGCAGCAUUUGGUGCCAGAAUUUAAAGAGAAAAACUCGACUCACAGUGAGUCGUCUCCCUAAGAAUGAUGUGCCAUGCACGGAGUACUUAAUCUAAUGCUACAUCUCUCUGUUUCUCUACCUUAUUGUGUCCUUUCAAUAAACAGUGAUUUUCGCUAAAUGUGUGCAGAAUAAAUGGUUAUUUGUGGAGUAAAACAACAGACUUGUCACUGUCCAUACAUUACUUGGUCCCUUGAGUUUGCUUCUUAACACAUUUGGUGCUUCUUAAAAUACCCUGGUAUAUAAUAAAGUGGCAGGUCAAUAACCUAGAUUUUAAGGCCUGUUCAUACCAAAUCCGUGACGAAUUUGCGAGACAAACUUAGUCGACAGGUCUAUUCACACUAAGAUUCAUUUUUUUAAUAAAAAAUAAAUAAAUAAUAUAUAUAUAUAUAUAUAUAUAUAUAUAUAUAUAUAUAUAUAUAUAUAUAUAUUUUUUUUUUUACCCCUUUACAGUAGGUGGUGCUGUUCUACAAACAUAUUUACAAUAGUUUCCUGCCCGGAUCCUUCAGCAUUCAGCUGUCAAUGCUAGAGAUUAAUAUAUUGAACGCUGUUUAAAGCAUUUAUUUACAUUACCUAAUUUGGCAUAACUAUUUCAUUAUGUUCUUCCCAGGUUUUUGAUGCAUUUUGAGGAAUAUAUAAUCUGUGUUAUUUAUUCGAGACAGAUAGGAAAAGAGCGCUGUUGCAUAAAUAUAUGUCCUGUGUCUUUAUAUUUUCAAAUGUAUUUUGCAGGAGUAUAUUCCAAAUGAACUCCUGAACCCAACUUCUCUUUUUAUAACGCCUGGAUAAUAUAACACCGGGUAUAGUGAUGUAAAUACACGUGGAAUAAUGUACAUUAAUAAUAACAGGUAUAGUAUAAAAUAUGAUGCAUAAUAUUAAAAACAAUAU